GUCUUUUUAUCGUCGCCAUUUUCGACUGAGAGUUGGCUUGUUUGUAAUGGAUAGCGUUAGCUAGCAGGCUAGCCUGACCAACAGAUCAAACACAAGACUAACUUGACUUAGCCAGAGAACUGGGUGGUCCUGACAGUUAUUCUUGUAUAUUGUUUUCAUUUGAUGUGCACCCCUCUGUCCUGCCCUUCCCUCCUCAAGCUAAGUUGGCUAACUGUAGCUGAUAUAGCUAGCAGACUAGCUUAGUGAGCUAGCUGUGGAGCAUCAGCACCGGCUCAGAGGAGAGCGAACAUCACCUCAUCUGCCCGUCCCGAUCAGCCGAUCCACUUCUUUGUUGGCCCUUUAUGUAUUGAGGCAACCGGCGAUAGCUAGCCUACAGUCGUAUCCUAAGGAGAGAUGUAUCAACUUCCAGUGAAUAACCUUGCAAGGCUCAGGAAAGCUAGGAAACAUGUGAAAAGAGCACUUGGCGACAUUGGACUAGAGUACUGUAAGGAGGCAGCAGAGGAGUUUAAAGAGUUUUGCCCUGAUGAGCAAUAUGUACAGGCCAGUCUUUGCCUUAAUAUCUGCUCAUGGGAUCCAUCAUAUUCUAAAACACAGGAAUACAGAUCAAAGCCAUUCUGCUGCACGGAGUGCCCGUUUUCCUCCAAGUACUACUCGGGCUACAAAAAUCACUUCCGCAAUGUACACAGAAAAAUCUUUGACGGUAAAAUUCAGCUCAACUGUCCUUACUGCUCAUUCACUGCAAGCAAAAAGACAUUGGAGACUCAUGUUAAAAUAUUCCACAUACCCAAAGCAGCACAGCAAAGUUAUGGGAACCCACAGGGAGCUGUGCUGGGAAAGAACAACAAAGUGCAAAUUGAUAGGGUGAGACAGGGAGAUGGUGUGGAGAAAGCAAUGUACUUUUGCAAAAAGUGCACGUUCCGGGACGCUCUUUACAAUGUUGUGAGACGGCACAUCUACAGGGAACAUUUUCAGCAUAUUGUGUCACCAUAUCUUGGUAUUGUUUCUGAUUCAUCUGCCAAAAAAGGUGCUAAUUCUGUCAAUGGCAACAACAUCCUCUGUAAACGCUGCCCGUUUACCACUCGUAGUUAUGAAGCUUUAGUGCAGCAUGUUGUAGAGUACCACGAGCGCAUUGGUGCUCAAGUAACAACUAUGAUUGGACAUGCUAAUGUUAUUGUCUCCAGGCCUCAAUCCUUGCCAGCUGCUUCUCAGAAGUCCCCUGUGAUCAUUAGGGGCCAAACAAUUAGAAUUGAACCAAUGGCACAAUCAGUGAUUGGCUAUUUAAAGCCAAUGGCCCCUGUUGUUAAAAGUCAGUACUCCAUCGCAUCUGGCAAGGUGCGUAUCACACUUCCUGGGAAUAACACUGUGGCUGAAAAUAAUGCUGGUGUAAACACAUCGCAGACACAGAAGUGGAAGAUAUGUACAGUUUGCAAUGAGCUUUUUCCUGAAAACCUCUACAGUGCUCAUUUUGAGAAUGCACACAAGGCAAAGAAAGUAUGGGCACUGGCCAAGUACAUCAUGAAAAUCCACAACUUCACCAGCAAGUGUCUGCUUUGCAACCGCUAUCUGCCCAGUGACACACUGCUUAACCACAUGCUAAUCCACGGGCUCACCUGUCCGCAGUGCCACGCUGCUUUCCACAAUGUUGAGAAGAUCAUUGAACACGUCGCCCAGGCUCAUCCUGAUGACUUUGUUGGACCCCCAGGUGCAUCACCUCUAACUUUUGAUCUCACCAUUAAACAAGAUAAGUCCAUAAACGUACAGCUUGUUGUGCUCACGUUCAACAUGAAGGAAUCUAGCAAUGGUCAAGAUCAGUCUGCUCAGAAAGUUUCAAGGCUGGCCAAGCUAACUAAUCCGAGAAUGAUUGAAAAGAAAAGUGAACAACUUGUUCGAAACUUUGCCGGACAGAGCAAGAAGACUGAGGUCGGGAAGACUUUGUGUCCGCUCUGUUUCACCAUCCUCAAAGGUCCCAUCUCCGAGGCUUUGGCCAUGCAUCUGAGGGAGCGACACCAAGUGCUCCAAACAAUGCAUCCUGUUGAAAGAAAGAUGACAUACAAGUGCAUUCAUUGCCUGGGUGUGUACACCAGUAACAUGGUGGCUUCCACAAUCACGCUGCAUCUUGUGCAGUGCAGAGCUGUUGGUAGGAACCAGGCGAGCCAAGGCUUCAAGUCCGACUUGACGCUCAACUCCUCCGGGGCUGGCUUCCUCAAGAGGCAGCCACCAACUCAGGCCUCAACCGACCCCAAGAAGAUGAAACUGAGCAAGGAGUCAAAUAUUUCCUCCACAACUGUUGGAAAUCAGUCCAUACGUGGCGGCCUCGCUCUGGAUCCUGGAAGCUACGAGCACAAGACUUACGAGGCCCGGAAAGAUUUUCUGACGGCCUACUUCAACCAGCGACCAUACCUCUCUACUUGGGAAGAGGAGACGCUGUCUGCAAGUCUGUGGCUCUGGAAAUCUGACAUUACUAGUCACUUCGCAAGCAAGCGAAGGAUGUGCGAAAGACACUGCGAGUCCAAGAAGCUGUCUGUCCUGCUCGGCUUUGACAUGCACGCUGUAAAGAAAGUUAAGCAUGACUUGGAGUUUGUGGAAAGCACGAUUACUGGCACCUUCACGGGGAGAUCUGGAGGCCUGAAGUCUGGUACUCCAAGCACAGACCAAAACAAGCAGAGUGAGACACUAAAAUGUACCUUAAAACUCAAUACAUGCACAGAGACUAUUUCCAUUGACUCAGACAGUGAAACAGAAACCGUAGAUAAACCUACUGAGAAUGGAAAUGUUGACACCAACCAAGAUGAUAAUGGAGAUGCUGACACCAACCAAGAUGAGAAUGGAGAUGCUGACACCAACCAAGAUGAGAAUGGAGAUGCUGACACCAACCAAGAUGAGAAUGGAGAUGCUGACACCAAACCAAGAUGAGAAUGGAGAUGCUGACACCAAACAAGAUGAGAAUGGAGAUGCUGACACCAACCAAGAUGAGAAUGGAGAUGCUGACACCAACCAAGAUGAGAAUGGAAAUGCUGACACCAACCAAGAUGAGAAUGGAGAUGCUGACACCAACCAAGAUGAGAAUGGAGAUGUUGACACCAACCAAGAUGAGAAUGGAGAUGCUGACACCAA